AUGCAUGUCCUUCAUCCGAAGUGUUGCUCACCUUUCCUUGCUCGCAGAGGAUCAUUUUCAAUAGUCAGAUUAGGAAUACGGAGAUCCAACGGGGAAAAUGUAGCUAUCAAAGUGAUUGACAAGAAGAGCAUAAAAUUCAAGGACAAUGUAGUGCAGCGAGAGAUUGCUACGAUGAAAUUGGUGGAUCAUCCUAACUGUGUCAUGCUGUACGACAUAUAUGAUGACAGCAAGCACAAGUAUUUGGUUAUGGAGCUGGUAACAGGAGGAACUGUCAUGGACCGAGUUGUGGAAAUGACACAUUUUACCGAAAAAGACGCUGCCACUGUCACCACACAUGUCCUGAGGGCGCUCGAACAUUUGCAUGCUUUGGGAAUUACUCACCGGGAUAUCAAGCCUGAAAAUCUUCUCUACAAAUCCAACGAUCCACUGUCACCAGAUUACAAUACUGUGAAGUUGGCAGAUUUUGGUCUUGCGAAAUUUGUUGGGGUUGACGAAACCAUGAAGACUACUUGUGGAACUCCUGGGUAUGUUGCCCCUGAGAUCAUUGAUCCGAAAAUGCCUUUUGGCGAUGGAUACGGUCCAUCGGUGGAUAUAUGGUCUCUUGGUAUUGUACUUUAUAUCAUGCUUUGCGGAUUUCCCCCUUUUCUACACGAAUCGACAGCUGUGUUAUUCCAGCUGAUCCGCAAAGGGGAGUUCGACUUUCCCACUCCAUACUGGGAUGCUGUGUCAUCGGACGCUAUGGAUCUUGUAUCAAAGAUGCUUGUUGUAGAUGCAAAGUCUCGACUUAAUGCUGAGCAAUGCUUGGAUCACCCUUGGAUCAGUGUCAGCGGACCAGAAGCUGGGAGAACUCUGCACAGGUAUGACAGCAGUGUCCUGCCAAACUUUCCUUUGAUUCUCCUGUGA